AUGAAGCUCACCAACUCCGCUCAUUACUCUAUUUUCCUUCUAUCCUCUAUUCUUGGAUUGUCUAGCGCAUCAUAUUCUUCCCAUUUGGAAGAUGACGCUCCAUGUGUCGCCCGCUCCCCGACCACCGGGUUGUACUUUGACCUCAAUGCGAUCUCGUUAUCCCCACCCGAGAUGAAGGACGGUAAACUCUCGAAAGAUGCACGGAUUACCAGCUGGUAUGCCAGGGGUCAUGACUACCCGGCUAAUUUCACAAUCAACAUCUGCGCGCCGGUCAUUGAGAACGUGACGGACGUGGUUGGGAUAGAGGCAUCACGGUGGAAGAACGUCAGUGCAUAUUACGAGCGGAAUGAUAAAAGAUACUCCAUAGGGCAACAAGCAUCUGAACCUUUCUUCCGUGGCCGUAAACUCGUCCUCAAUUAUACCAAUGGCUCGCCUUGUCCGGACUAUAACAUGGCCAGUUCUAAUGUCUCCACGCGCACUAAGUCGACUGUCAUGUCUUUCCUUUGUGACCGCGACGCUGCGCCAAACGUGGCCACAACUUCCUUCGUCGGCUCCAUGGAUGAAUGCUCGUACUUCUUCGAGGUCCGUAGCUCGGCGGCAUGUGGUGGAAUCGCCGUGGAUCCCAACGCUGGCGGUUUGGGACCGGGCGGCGUAUUCGGUAUUAUUAUGGUGAUUGCCAUCGCCGUUUAUCUGAUUGGUGGCUGCGCCUACCAGCGAACGGUCAUGCAUCAACGUGGCUGGCGCCAGUGUCCGAACUUCAGUCUGUGGGCUGGCGUUUUCGACUUUGUCAAAGACAUGUUCGUGGUUAUCUUUUCCUCGCUGGGAAACCUCUUCCGUUGCAAGGGAUCCCCCGCGGGCAAUGGCUAUACCCGUGCGGACUCGAAUGGCCGUGGUGGAUUCAUCGGCGCCAUCGGAGGACGGGGAGGACGCGGUCAGAGCCGGGACAUGGAUGCCGAGAACAGGCUCAUAGAUCAACUGGAUGAAGAAUGGGAUGAUUAA